UUUGCCCGCCCUUCCCCUAAAUUACGGGUUUAAUUAAAAUUUUUACAAAUUAUAUAUAAAUAAUUUAUUUGAUUGCUCAAAUGUCGCAGGAUAAAAAUUCAGGAAGCCGUAGAGGAACAAUAGAGAAUGAUAAUAGCAGGAAUGACCAAGAGAAGGAUCACAGUGGAGAGCACAUUGAGGAAGAAGUAGUUGAAACGUCAUCAUCGGAGAACGAAGAUAAUGAUGAGACUACAUUUUCACAGCGGUCUCAGCGUAAUGAAGGAACGGAGAUUAUUAUGCGGACAUUAUUGAAACUGCGGAAGGAAAUUAAGGAUGUAAGAGAAACUCAAGUCAAUAUGAUGAAUGCACAAAUGAAUCAAGGUGUACAAAACGAAAAUCGUAACGAUCAAGUUGAAAUCGGGCAUCAAGGUUCUCAAGUAUUCGUAACUCGCGCGCAAUGGGAUACGGCCGACUCAAGAGAAACUUUUGAGAAAAUGGGCGUUUCUCUAGUAAGCUGUUUAUUUGCAACAGAAGAGUUAUUAGCUAGCAAUCUAAGAGGUGGAAAAAGCAAAAUUAAUAAAAAUUCACCACAGAAACCUGCGUUGAAUCAAGUUAUUAUUUCUGCUAUUCAAGAAGCUGUUAAAAAUAAAUUCCCAGCGACUUUUAAGAAAUCUCUUUUUGGUAUGGCGAUAAAUAAUCAUAUAACUGCUCUACGACGUCAAAACAAUGUACCUGUCGAACCAGAUGCACCUCAAGAACUACUUAUGAACGCAGAACAAUAA